UAACCUUGCAAAUCUUAUUAUUUAGCAUAUUCCAUUUGCCUCACAACUUUCGCACUCCAACAACGGCUUCUAACGUUUUAGUGAUUCAUUACGCCUAAAUAAUUAUUUAAAAAAUAGUUUCUGUUGACACACGUAGUGAAUAAUGGCUUGUUCACGACCCCUCCUAAUUAUCAGCAUAAUCCUUGUACUAGGGUUUCUAAUUUGUGGUAUUUUCUUGGGAUACAUGUUCAUUCGAGACGUGUCGCGAGAUUCGUUUGACGACACCUUUCUGCCUAAAAAUUGUUGGGAGAUCAGAGAUCAAGCCGUAACCGAGGAGAGUUUCGUUCAAAUUGAGGAUAAUUAUACUAUAUUUCCAACUCGGGAUGCUGCACAUCCAGUUUAUGUUUCAUGCGAAAUGGAGCAGGAAGGUGGUGGUUGGACAGUAAUUCAGCGGAGAGGGUUUAGAAAUCCAGUCUCAUUUUCUGAUAAAACAUGGACCGACUAUAAGAAGGGGUUUGGCACUGCGGGGACCAAUUAUUGGCUGGGUCUCGAUAACAUUCACGCCUUGACCAGAAACAGAGACCAGGAAUUAUGGGUGUCUUCCAUCCAGACCGUUCACAGUUCUGUCAAUGGAAAAUACUCGGGCAGUUUCGAGGCGGAUAAUGGCAUGAUCUUUAAACGGUUCUGGAUUGAGGAUGAAGCUAACUUAUACCGGGUGCAUUUCCUCGAUGGGGUCCCGAUGGGGAGAGGAGGCGAAGAUUACCGAUAUUUUUACAAAAUAAAUGGACAACCCUUCAGCACUAAGGACGUUGACAAUACUGACAAUCCCGACGCCGCGUGCCAUAAAGAACGAUAUCCGUUCGUUGAACGGAGGCACAUUGGAGGUUGGUGGUUUCAAAAUUCAACAUGUGAAGCGGGAACAAACUUAAAUUGGGAACCCCGUACGCCAUCCAGUUUGCAAAUAUUCUUCCCCGGAAGUGGGAAUCGGAGGCCUGACAAGAUUUUAAUGCGAAUUAGAACGGCGACGGAAUAAGAAUUAUUUCCACAUUCGAAUUUCGCUUAGGAAUCAAUUUCGCUUAAUUUUCCUUAGUUAAAUCGUACUGCCUUCAAAAGCCAAAGAAUUUAAGGUCCGCAAUAACUAAAUAAUUCACAAGCACUUACGAGUACAUGUACAAAUCUAAUAUUAUAUAAUCAAAUUAUGCAUAUUUUAUUAUGCAGACUUGUAAACGCGCUACGAGAUACCUGAUAAAAGAGCAUGCAUCUACAGAUAAAUGAAAAUAAAAUAAUAUUAACAAAGGUUGAGACCAAUAACUCUAGAACUGCGUGCGACAUAAUGCAAUUUGCACCAGGAAUUUUGACGUAUAGUAAGGAAAGAAAUUGCCAAUAUCCUCUCUAAAAUCAAUUUCUUUGAACUUUACUCCGUAAUAUUUAGCACACCUAAUGCAAUUCCUUUUGAACCAUACGAACGCCGUCGAUGGUUCGAAAUAUUAUUUCCAAAAUCAUUUUACCUUGAAGAAGUUCUGUUCACCUUAUGUUAUAAGUUAGUUCAAAAUUAAAUUAUAUACAAGUCCAUGAUUUCGAAUCUUGCUAAAUUUAGCUAAAUAAAUCCGAUUUUCGAGCUAACUUUCCCCACCUUUCAGCCCCGGUAAAGGCGCAUCCGGUAAAAUACAUCUACGUGACACGUGUGUCUAAAGGAUAAAGAAACCCAAUGCGAACUUGUUCUUGGUAUUUUCGAGCACUAACUACAAUAAAAUCCACAAGUAUUAAAGAACAUAAAAA